AUGUGGUCAGCGAAGAAGUGUUCUGACAACAACGCCAGCACUCCCUCAGCGGAGGAGGAGAUCAAGGUGGUGCUGGUGGGCGACACCCAGUGCGGGAAGACUUCACUCGUCCAGAGGUUCGUCUCUGACACCUUUAUUGAGGCCUACACUCCGACAGGCUUCGAAAAAUAUGGCUGUACUUGCGCAGUCGCAGAUUAUAGAGUUAAUUUCUCCGUAUGGGACACCUCUGGUACGGCAGCAUACGACACAGUAAGACCGCUCGCCUACCAAGACGCCAGAGUGUUCAUGCUCUGCUUCAACAUAGCCGAACCUGAGACCUUGCACAACGCUGCCGCAAAGUGGUACAGAGAAGUAAGAACUCACGGGGGCUCAGCUCCCGUGCUGCUUUGUGGCUGCAAGGCAGACCUGAGACACGAGAAGGAGACGCUCACCAUGCUGUCCAAGCUUAGAACACAUCCAGUCACCAGCGAAGAGGCUUUAUCAGUAGCAAGACAGCUGGGAGCGAUGACCUACGUAGAGACUUCAGCCAGAGCUUCCACUAAAGGUGUCAAAGAUGCCUUCGAAGUAGCUGCCUUAGCGGCCCUUGGCAAACUAAACAAGCAGCAGAUGAAACAACAGAAGCAAGUUGGUCGCAGCAAAAGCAAGCGCGACUUGAAAGCCGAGCUCAAAGGACGCGCGAAGAGUUGCUGCGUCAUGUGA